AUGGACCUCAUGGGCGCCAGCCUGGCGCGCGGGCGGCAGCUCUGCGCCAGGGCCAGCCCCGAGCCAUGGAAGCACAACGAGACGAGGAACGAGGGGGGCUGCCCGAACGAGUGGCGGCCUUCGAACCAACGCCAGAGAGAAAUCGACCGCUUCGGCGCCUGCAAGGCGCGCCGACUCGCCCGCAGGCGGCGCCGCGACGCCUGCGAGGCGGGGCUUCGCGCAGCUGGCAUCAACACAAAGACGAGGUACAUCGUGAUCCAGGUCCCCAACCAGAGUAAGCCCCAUGAUGGGCACCAGAGCGACUGGAAGGGCGACGUGCAGCCCGAGGAGCAGAACGCGCCGCCCGACACGGACCUCGAAGCGGAGCGGCUCCUGGGCGAACCGCUAGACCUCGCGCGCCCUGCGCCGCCAGCGGUCGCCUACCCCACGGAGGUCUACCUGCGGGCGACCGGCCUGAGCCCGAGGAACGACAGCAACAGCGCGGGGAGCAGCGCGAUCGAGAAGAGCGCGCAAGGCCAGGACGACAAGGAGUGCGACACCUUCCAGAAGAACAAAGCGGCAGUCUGCGCCGCGCUCCGCGAUGCAGGCAUCGACGGGCCCAACGCCAGCACCCUCGCCCACAUGGCCGCCCUGAACAUGCCCCUCCCAGCCAGGAUCGCCGAGAUCAUCGCAGCCUCCGCCCUCCGGAACACCGGCCACGUCGACACGUACGAGGCCCAGCGGAUCGGCGGCCACAUCGACACCUAUGUGGCCCAGAAGACCGACGGCCACGUGAAGCAGAACGAGGCCCAGCGGAUCGGCGACCACGUCGACACGUACGAAGCCCAGUGGACCAACUGCCACGAGAAACAGGACACGAACGAGGCCCAGCGGAUCGGCGACCAUGUCGACACGUACGAAGCCCAGUGGACCAACUGCCACGAGAAACAGGACACGAACGAGGCCCAGCGGAUCGGCGACCACGUCGACACGCACGAGGCCCAGUGGAUCAGCGACCACGUCGACACGGACGAGGCCCAGCGGAUCGGCGGCCACGAGAAGAGCUAUGGGAGCGACUCCAAGGACGAGAAGGCAACGGGAGUGACCCCAAGAACAAGAUGGUACGACAAGGUGCGCUUCAACGAGGACUCAGAGAUCUACACCUUCGAGGCGGUGCCCGAAUCCCCAGCGACGGUCACCGAGGACGAGGAGGACGACCUAGAGAACGACACCGAGAACCUGCCCUACGACCCAGCCGGCCCAGCCGACGACGGCGACGCCCGCUACAACGACGCGCCCCAGGAGAACGCCUCCGACG